CUCAUCUAAACAUUUACAAAAAAAAGUAGACUACCAGAAGCAAAACAAAAUGCUGAUAAUCAUCAUUACUCUUCAUUUCUUAAGUAUUUGUCUUUUACCCUAUGACUCUAUUAUAUCAAAUAUUCUUAAGAUAUAGAGAAUUUCUUAACAUAUUAGAAGCAGUUUUCAUAUUGAAGUAAAGUUUAUAGCACCAUGUAAUAGCAAAACUUUGACUUUGAACUAGGCACCCCAUACUUUCAAACUCAAAAGUCAAAACAUAAGAAAAUAAGAAACACUUUUCAUAUUUGACUCACAACAUUAAUUUUUCCAAAAAUCUCUCCAUCCCUUUAGGCUUAGACUAUGGACUAAUACACACUAUUCCAAACCAUUGCAAUUUCUUCCACAAAAUAAAAUUCCUUUUUCUUGACCCAUAGAAUUUCGGAAAUAAAAAAAAUAAAAAAUUCGAAAAAAGCGAAAAAAAAAUAAAAUUUGGAAAUCAUCAUCCAUUAGGUAAGAUCCCUUUAUUUUUACUACCAAACAUAAUAAAGUAGAGGUUAUCCUCUUUCCCCCCACCAAAAAAAAAAAACCAAUCCAUCUUUAUGGAUUAGUUGCAAUAAUAAAUAUACAUCAAGAUCUUCAUUGCUUAUGUCAAUUGUAGGUGCUACUACACCAUAACUAAUCCACUCACAUUUUCAUUUAUCAUCUAUUUUAUAAACAUGUCAAUCAUAGGCUUUGAUACAGCCAUAUUCCAUAACAACAAAAAUAUGAGCAAACAUUCUUUCAUUGAAUUCAAAAAACAAGCCUCUUUCUUCAUCAAGGAGAAGAUUAAAACUGCUAGAUUGGUUCUUACAGAUGUCACACCUGCUCAGUUGAUGACAGAAGAAGCAACAAAUGCUGAUCCAUGGUCACCUGAUACUCGAACUCUUGGGUUAAUAUCAAGAUCUGCUUUCGAAAUCGAUGAUUAUUGGAGAAUUGUGGACAUUCUGCAUAACAAAAUAUCAAAAUUUGACAGGAAAAAUUGGAGGGAAUCCUACAAUGCUUUGAUAGUAUUAGAACACUUACUGACUCAUGGACCAGAAAGUGUAGCAGAGGAGUUUCAAACAGAGAAAUUAACCAUCAAUAACAUGGAAACUUUUCAGCAUGUUGAUGAAAAAGGAUUUAACUGGGGACUUGCUAUGAGGGAAAAAUCAAAGAGAAUACUAAAGCUUCUUGAAAAGGGACCUCUCCUCAAAGAAGAAAGAGAGCAUGCUAGAAAACUAACAAGAGAGAUUAAAGGAUUUGGAAGUUUUCCUGGAAGAUCAACUUCUUCACAUACAGAUUCACCAGCUACAUAUGGAAGGAGCAAUUCCCACUUCAAUGAGCAUCGAAACGAGGCGCCCCGUUUAAUCCUUCUAGGGGAUGAUGUUAAAGCUGAAAAACCCAGAAGUAUACAAAGGUUUAUGAAGGAAAAUAAGGCACCAAGAAAUGAUAUAAAGAAAGAAGAUUUGCAAGUUUGGAACAAUAGUGUAGAGGAGAUAGAUAUGCUCCUAGAUGAAAAAGAUUGUGGAAUGUUGAUAGAAGAGGAAAAUCAUCCUUUUAAUUAUACUGAGGAACACAGCAGAUUUUCAUUGCUGGCUGCUGCAAAAGAGGAUUAAGAAAAGAUGAAUCUGGUUUCUGUAUUAUAGUUACAGGUUUUUGCAUGAAACUGGCAGGUUGUUAUAUUAGACACAGAACUCGUCAGGCUGUCUAAAAUGUUACUUCCUCCGUAACAUAAAGAAUGCAACGAUUGAAUAUUUUAUACCUCACAAAUAAUACCCAAUUGUUGCAUUCUUUCUGUUACGGAGGAAGUAAAACUUUUGGUUAUCAGAGAUCUUAUACAUGACACAUGAGAAUCAGAAUGUUGUAGAAUUUAAAAACAAGAGAGAUUGGAAUUGUUCUCUAUACAUUUACCUUAGAUUGGACAUAUUUGAACAAAUUGUGUUGUAAUAGGAGUAGCUAGGGGUGUAAAUGAUACGCUCGAGCUGAGAAUUACCUGUUUAUGUUCGAACUUAUUUGUUCGAGCCUAGUUUUUUUUGGAAUAAAAUUGAGUACGAGUUGGCUAGUUGUGAAUUGAA